AUGCUGUGCUCCUCAUACAUUGCCCCUAAGUUGAAGACCUGGAGUGAUAAUGGUAUGAAGAAGCCAAAGCUUCUUCUUGCAAGGAUGGGAUUUGCGGUUGUGGAUUGUCAGCAGGUUUCAGCAGCAGAUAAGGUAUAUGGGGUUACUACGCUGCUUGAAUCAUUCAUGCAAUCAGAUGGCACGUGUACUUCGAAGCAGUUUGGGGUGGCAUACGAUGCACUGUCCCUAAGUAAUCUUGAUAGGCUGAAAUCUGAAAUGCAACAAGCAAUCAAGAUACAAAGAGAUAUUCUUAGAAAAGGAAGUACUUCAAUAACAAAGAGUGGGUGCAUCAGGAGUGGCAGAAAGUUUAUGUGGGUGAAGCUUGAAGAUUCAUUUCCAUCUGGGUUGUUGUUACCUUUCCCUGUUCUUGGUUUUUGGGUUUUUGCUAUAUUCUGCCAAUAUAUUGUCCACACCCAUUCCAGCCCAUAA